AUGAUGUACUACGGGUUGUUUCCAUUAGAGAAUUUAUUGCAUCGCAAGGUCUUGCCGCUUUGGAUAGGCUUUGUUCUACAGAUAGACGUUUAUCAGAGUACACUAGAAACUGUAAGAGAAGAAAAGUUGAAUGAGAUUGAUUCGGUAACGCGUGACUUUAUAAGAGUUUUAGGAGACCGUUGGGUUACCUUAGAAGGUUUGCAAGUGUUGGAGUAUCUGUGUCGUGCUUUUUUCAUUCAAGAAAGGCUGGCAUUUGAAAUGGUUGCAUUGGCUAUUCCAUUCCAUAAUCGGCCAAUUUUUGUUCGGAUGUGUCAAGUGGUAGCAUGUGAUAUUAAUUCCUACAAGACUGCCUGGAUUACUUCAGUACAGAAGUCAGGAUUACCUGUCGGCAUGAAGAGCUUAGUUAAGCUGUGUAGUUCCUGUCCAGCCUUGCUAUACCGUCUAUGUUCUUUUGCUAUGGAUAUAUUAGAGAAGAAUACCAUCUGUAUGAAUACAAGCCGAUACAGUCAACAUUCCCGAACCCAUCGACUAUUUCUUCAAUUAUUCAUACAAGAGACUGUCAAUAAUGGACCUACUAAGCUUUUCAAUGACGACAGAUUCAUCAUGGAUUUAGUUUCAAUUGUCUCGAAGCUAAACGCUCUGGGAUCCAAGGACCCAGCAUUACAAUAUCUGGCUACAACUGUGACUAAAGCCAUCUGUUCGAGAGCUAAAUUGAAUGGGUUAGUUAUGGAUAAAUUACUUAAUGAAUUCCUCACACUUAUUGAACAGCAAGGAUUCGAUUCCGAUUUGAAUCGGGUUAGCGAAAAUUUUGGAGCGAUUUUAAGUCGGCAGAUCAUUAAGUUCGAUGAUGUUAAGAGAAAGGAGCCAUUACCCCGCUCAGAAUUCAGUCGAUAUGUUCUGUUCAAAGAGGAGUCGGAACAGAUGGGUUUGCCCUUCUUAUCAUCUACAGUAACCGAGUUGAUGACGCCAUAUAUCUCAAAGAUAUUUUCGUGUGCGAUGCGUCAAUUACGAAGAGCACACGAUUCCGGAACUUCAACUCAAGAGCACUUUUCUACUUUAAUCAUUAUCCUGAGAUCAUUAAUGCUCACCAAUGCCGAGGCGGAUGAAGAAAGCGCCUUAGACUUGUCCUCGCUGCUGAAGGAUGGCCGAGGUUUUAUUGCUGAGUUAUCGCUAUUACGCAAACGCUUCGUUGAGCAAAUGAUGGAAGAAACUUUGGUCUUCACUUCUUGCUUGAUGGAAGCUGUUCCCAUCUGUCACACACCUGAGAACAUUUUGCUCGCAGGACUGCCGCCGUUUCUUUGUGACUUAUUUCACAUAGACGAAGUGGCAGCGCUUUCUACUAUUUUGAACGCUUGCCAAGCUCCUGCUUUGGCUUCGUUUGCUCUGCAGGCCAUUGGCAACAAGGGAAAAUUACUUGUCGAGCUUGGUCUGCACAGCAUACCAAUUGUUGACGAUAGAAAGGCUGUUAGGUCCACGAUGCUCGCCGAAACCGUCAUUAAGGCGGCAGGAGAGAACGGAGACGCCGAAGUGCUAGACACACUGUUGACUGCCGCAUCUGAGGGUCUUGAGACCAUCAAAGUCGGCGAUCUGCAACGCAUUGUGGUGGCGGUGGGUCCCAAGCUUUCUGAAUCGCACCGUCUUCGCAUGCUCCGCUCUGUCAUCGGCCGGUGCGUGGGCUUUGCCGACGACCUCGUCUCGGACAUGGACACGCUAGUGCAAGCCAACACCUCUGGUCACCGGCUGCGAGAUGUGCUGCGUACUCUUGUAACUGACGACAGCCGCUCGAUUAUGACUUUGCUCGCGACUCGUAACACUCCCUUGGACGUCGCAGCCAAGCUCUUGAUUGGGGCAAAGAUAAAGGGAAAAGUUGCCACUCUUGAAUCAACCGACAACGCGUGCUUCUGGCCACUUUUGGCGUUCGGUGAUGAGGUAGUCUUAAAAACCUUUGGCGCCUGGAUUCUGGAACAGCCAGGCUUGCCUGCCGUUGUGGACAAAUUCAGUGGAAUGGCUUUCGCCCUCCCGGUUUAUCAUGACAUCAUGACCAAGUUGCGGGUCGUGGCAAAAUAUGUCGAAGGGCACUACGAAGAGAAGCUCCUGAUCUCGCCGGAAAGCGGCCAACAGAUGACGCACUCCACACUCGUUGCGGUGGGCAGUCAAUCGCAGAGUGCCAGCUGCGUCGCCAACGUCCUGAAGGAACUGCUGAGGCGCCAAGCGGAACAGAAAAAUAGCCACGUGAUAAAUGUGGUGCUCAAUGUUCUAAACAUGGCCCGGAACUCAUCCUCUGGCACCAUACCACCGGAGCUGAUGACCUUGAUUCAGUCAGUCAAAGUGCCCUCGGUCUCUCCCUUCGGCGUUCGGGGACCCUUCGAUCUCGCGGAUGACGAAGCCCGGAAGAGUGACGAAACUCGAAAGGGUGAGGCCCGAGUGGAGACGUCCCUGGACCAGUUGUCCUUGGACCAGUUGUCCUUGGACCAGUUAGUGAGUCGGCAAUCGCGGACUUGCUCUGAAGGCGUGAUUGUCGGGGAUCGUGUGAGCGCCGCCGCGGUCGAGUUCUAUCUGUCGUCGGCAGACGGUGCUCUGUCCUUGUUGUACUGCUUGGUCUUGUCUCUUCAGCACCAGGCUGGUUCGCAGUUACUGACUGGCUCGGUGGGGUCAGCUGGCUCGGUGGAGCCAGUUGGGCUGCAGGUGGAGCCAGUUGGGCUGCAGGUGGAGCCAGUUGGGCUGCAGGUGGAGGAGGUUAUGGCCCGAUGUCUUAGUGAAUUGACUGUGUUGGCAAUUCCGGUGACCGAAGGUACGGUGGUUCGAGUUCUGGCGAUGUACGCGGAAGCAGCAGCAUCUGUGAGCGCCCUGCAGGGUCCCGCCGUGGCUCGGUACCUGCCUCGUCUUUUGGCCUUCCAGAAGUUCUUGGGCAACUGGCUGGUGGCACAGGAUGGCGACGUCUGCGGCGACCCGCGCGUUAUGCAAGCCGAAUUGGACGCAUUGCACGCACACAUGUGCUCCGAGCACACACGCGUCGUCGCCGGUGGCGGCGUCGCCAGCGGCGGCGAACUCAGCGGCGGCCAGUCUUUAAGCGUGGCGCCGCAAAUCAAGGAGUUCGUUGUCUCCUUUUGCCACGUCGCUCUCGGCCGCCCGCUCCUCAAGCAACUCGUUUGGGGCGAAGAGGCGGCCGGCGAAGGGACGGCUGGCGAAGGGACGGCUGGCGAGGAGGCGGUGGCAGCCUCGCCAGCAGGCAAGGGCAAGAAGACCAAGUCCCAGUCCAAUUCCAAGUCCAACAAGUCCCAGUCCAAGUCCACAAGAGAGUCCCGUUCGUUAUGGACCGAGUCGAACGCCUUGUACGUGGAAUUUGCGAUCGCAGCGUUAGUCGCACUGGGGGCCGAGGCGGCCACUCUUCGGCAGUCGCUGGCGAAGCGGUUACUGUUGCAGGCUUCGAGGGUGGUGGAGAGCGCAGCCUUCCCGCGUAUGUCGUUGAUCGUUUCAUUCCUGGCGGCGGCGUUGCAGGUGCCGGACGUAGAGUUGGUUUUGGUGGAUAGGUCGCAGCAACCAAUUCCCGUGGUCCAAUUUGCGUUGGAGCACGUGCGUGCGAGUGAAGACGCGAAUGUGCAGCAGUGGUUGUUUCUCGGAUAUUUGGCGGCGCAGCUACCGAUGGCUAGUGUACGUAUGUUGGCUUCAGCGGUGGUUCAGCGGACAACGAGUUCUCCGGACUUUUUGACACACGCGUGUGCGAGCGCUGUGCGCCAGUUUGGCGAACGGUUGCUAGGCCCUGUCUCUACCUCUAGUGCGACGUGGCGGACGUUGGUGGACCUUUGUGUGCAGAAGCGCGGUGAACAAUGGGCGCUACAGGCACUCAGUGCACCCAGCAACGAGUAUCGCACACGUGUGCGCAACGAAUGGCAUGCCGGUGGCGGAGUCGACAUGAGCGCAAUGGCUGAGGACGAAGCCGCCCUCUUCGCUUCCGAAGAGGAGCGCCUACUCAGUCUCGAAUUCGCUCCCAACGUCGCAGCUAUUUCCCGUAUAGUCGCCGCUUUGGCGAGCAUGACUACUGACGAAAAACGGGAACAGCUUGUCGCUCUCGUACUACGUGCGCUCCUCCAACAAUACAUCAACCUCAUCAACAUCGAACCCGAAAGUGACCUCGGCAUCAUCGACCAACGCCGUUUCUGUCAAGCACUCGUCGCCGCCGCUAAACAGACCCUGGGCGCCAUCGGCAGCUGUCUAGACACGGUUACGAGUAUUCUUUGCGAAGAAGUGGAGGAGCUCGAAGAAGUACGAGCGGAAGAGGAACGAAUGGAGGAAGGUAUGGAGGAACGUUUAGCUUUGCAAGAAGAGAAGCAAAGCUGGACAGAUCUGGGUCAGCGAGUGUUGCUGGACCCGGCGAUGGGUACGGUAGAUCGGCUCAAGUCGGUUGCGGAGGGACGUUUGGCGACGAGUGCGGAGGCAGUGGUGCACGAGAGUCUGUCGCUUUGCGGAGUGUUGGGCAACAUUGCAGUGUUAAAGAACGCGGUACGACCGGGCGUAUCGGAUGAUUAUUUGUGCCUGGUCGUGGCCAGAUUCCGGCCAUCUUUGUUAUUAACGCGGCGGUCGGGUCGAGCGGCAGAGUUGACAUUAUGGCUUCAGUUUGUGGACCGCGCGAUGAAGCGUGAUUUCCAGGACUUGCCGCCGUUCGGGUUCCCACUGAGUGUGUAUGAACACGCACGCGCGCGUGCAGAUGCGAAGCUGUACUCAGCAUUCAUUACUUCCUGGGUAUCGCUCUUGACGAGCACAAUGCUAGAAGGUGUACCGGACUUCGUAUAUCCACAAUCGACGGUGUACAAUUCACAAUUCCGGACACUGCUCAGUGAUAAGGGCGAGGAGUAUUGCCAACGCAUUCUGGCCGAAGGUAAGGUUAUUAUUCAUACCAGUUUAUCUGGAGCCGAAGACGCGGCGGCCGAAGACGCGGUGGCCGAAGACGCGGUGGCCGAAGACGCGGUGGCCGAAGACGCGGUGGCCGAAGACGCGGUGGCCUUGGACACGGCGGCCAUGGAUACGCUUGUGUUCCUGACACUACUGGUCGUCUGCAGCCCCUUCACGUCCGUCCUACUCUCCGACUGGCUGCCAUUCCUCGCCCAAUUGCCCUCCCGCCUGCCGCUAUCGCUGCCACUGGCCCUCACUUCGCUCGCGCUGGAUGGCUCGCUACUCCUGCCUUAUAUCGAGCACAUCACACAACACCUCCGCGAUCAUGUCCUGGAUGCCCUGCCGCACGUGCGUGCACAACAACUCGCGAAUUCCCGACGUCACUCGCCUUGGGAGGUCGUGCUCGCCCUCAUCUGCGGCGUGGGCCCCACCCUGUUAGAGGCUGGCGUCCCCGUCCCGGGGGAGGGUGGCAGCGUCCAAUCCGGAAGUGACCAGUUGUUACAGGCGGUCUUGUGGUGUCCGCAGCACUUAAUGACUUUGCAGCACGCAGCCGGACGGAGUGUGAGUUCCGUACGCGGGUUCUGGGAAGGAGUGCAGCAAACGAUCGGUGCACGGCAGUCAGAAGAAUUUCGGAAGCAGUUGGUGCGCGUGCGGCGGCAACUGGGUCGUAGGCUGGUUGAGCGUUUCGGUGCGCGAGGUGGAGCCUUGAUCACGACAGGCGGCGAAGCCGCCGCUGGAGACGCCGACGUGCUGGAGGUAUUUGCAGUCGCAAUUGCUCAUUUGACGAGCCAGGGCCAGUUGGACGUGAUUGUUCGUGGUGCAGCGACGCAGCUUAAACGCUCGCUCACACAACUCCAAGAAGGUGAUGAGGAGGGUGAGUGCGAAACCGUAAAUACUCUCUGUUCGCUGGCCUUUGUCAUUUCGCGCUGCAAACCCGAUGAACUUGCGCCCUUCCAGGAUGCGCUCACUAACCUAGUUGCCCUGACCUGUGGCUUCCUCGGUUCCGUCUUCGAGUCCCGUCUGGAACAAGACGUGGACUCGGGAGACGCGGACGCGAGGAAGGGGCAGCGGGAUGGAAGUGACGAGGACCGAAAGCGAAAGCGACGCGGCCGAGCAAGUCUGGAGGCUCAGGUGGCCGAAGUGUAUGGUGGGAAGUUGAUGGAGGCGCACCCGACGUUAUUUGGGAACUUGCGGAUGCCCGAGGAGACGGACCUAAAUGACACCUUGGAGCUGGCCACGAUCAAGCGCGUGGACGAGCGGCUGGCGGCUACAGACCACCAGGACGUAAGCGCGUUGGCAGCGCACACGCGUUUGGCGCAGGUAGAGGACGCGGUUUGUUACCUCUUCUCGCGGCUACUGCUCAAACUAGGACCCACGGCCAUCGGCAAGGCCAUGGCCACGGUGCUCACGGCCGCGCGUUGCGGCGCAGACGCUUGUCUCGGGUCGCGAUUGGACGGCGGUGAGACGGUAACGCCCAAAACCUUAUUUAUCGCGCGACUCUUCUGCCUAAUCUACAGCACCGCCGCUAAAACCGGCGGCGCUUUGGUGAUAGGUGGUAGCAUUUGGCAAGCGGAAGACGACAUGCUCAGCAUCCUCCGACGCUGCAAUGCUAACGUUGUCGAGUGCUUCAAAACGGGAACAUCUCAGGGAAGCAGUCCCAAGAAAAAACGACGAGGCACAAGGCAGGAGAUUGCAAGUAAGUCCCUAUCGCAGCUUACUUCGCAGUCUACUUCACGGUCCUGGUACUGGUUGGAAGUGGGCGUGCCUGCGUUGAUGUGUUUGGGCGACUGUUGUCGCGCGUUGAAUGAGUCACGUGAGUUGGUAUCUGGUAUGGCGUCGCAGCCGUUUGCCGUUAGCACCAGUUUGAUGGACGAGUUCGCGCGCGCCUUUGAUGUCUUCCGACACUUCGACCGGUUCGCGGCCACGGGCUCUUAUAUUGGCGUAUACCCGGAAAGCGAAGACGUGGAGACGGCCAAAGCCUGGCUGCUGCACCUGCGUUUCGCAAUCAUCGAGACGCUCGGGGUGGCCAGUCAGGACACGUCUGUGCUCGGGGUGGCAUACGACCGACUGCUGGAAAAGCUACUGGACUCGGAAGACCCCCGCGUCAAACUGGCUGUUGCACGUGUGCUACACCAGGCCUGGGCAACCCUCGGCGUCGCGCUGCUCCCAGUACUCAAUGAUACCCUCAAACUCGUCGUCCACAUGCUCGAUAACGCAGACCCCGAAGUCAAUGCCUUUGCACGUGCUAUGACUCUCACCAUCGAACGGGCCACAGGCGAAAGUCUUGAAGGUAGAUUGGCUUUCUAA